GCUGGUAGCUACUUCGGUGCACUAACUUUUUUGAAUGCACCCAACUCUAAAAGUGGUCAUAAUACAUCAAAGUUUGAAAUUUAAUGGGUAACAUUAGUCUAAUAUGAUGAUAUAACACAAAAUCACAACUAAUCAAUGCAUUACCCUAACCUAUUAACCUUCAAUUUUGAAUCCCAACCCAAAAUCCCAAAUUGUAAACCCUAAUGCUAACCCUAAAUUCCUAAACCCUAAACCAUUCAAAUUAAAGUCAAUCUUGAAUGAUUUUCUUACAAGUUCAUGUGGUUCUUGUUCAUCAUACCACAAGUGAUGAUUGACAUCGUUUUCACAUGAAUCGCCUGCUUAAAAUGACGAUUAUGAAGUGGGUGCAUUGAAUGCACCACAAAAAAAAUGAGUGCGCCGAAGACAUAACCAUGAUAGCUUAUUUAUAUGAUCCCUUCAUAUUAUUAUCAUUAUCAUUAUUAUUAUUGAUUAAUUCGCCGGAAGCCCGGAAGUGUGACAAAAACUCAAGCGGUCAAGCCUCUCUUUGCACGGCUCCUCAUUCUUGCUCUAAUUUCUGAAUGUGAACUGGUCAGUAUUCACGAUCCAUUACUGAAACAACUGCAUAGCAAUCCACUGCACGCGGUUUCUGUUAUGCAUUUUGCCUUUGCUUUAUUGCUUCCAUCUCUGCAAUAUCUCAUCAGUCAUCAGCUACAACUGUAAAGUCGAAAUCUAACGAUAAUUGGGAGGCAAGUAAAGACAAGACCUAGUUAAACCCAUCAAAAGUCAGGAACUCGCCAGCCGCAAACCAAAUCCCCUUCCAGAAAACCAGGUACUAGGAAAGAAAACAUACACAUAACUACUAAUAUUGCGUAUGAGCAACCUCUGCAAAAUCUUGCCACAUCAUCACACCCAUCUCCAAACUUCUCCUGGCCAUUAGAAUUUGUUUUGUACUUGUGAAAAUGCAUGUAGUUGGGAAUACCUAAACCUUGCAAAUGAAGUAAUCCUAUGAAUACGCUAUACAAAGGUUGUGUUGGAGAACUUACCAAGUCAUGUUUAAACGGGAGAGAAAAAAGCUUAUUAGAGGAGACAUAAUACAUAAUUGGUAAGUGAUUUCAUAUUGACAAAAUACAACAGCGAUUUAUGAGGCAUUGGAAACAAUUUCAUGUUUUAUAAUUUAUUCAACAAAAAAGAAACAAUUGCACAAUAUGUAUUUUGGGUGAAAUGAAAGAGUUUUUGUUAUAACUUUGAAGUUAAAUGUACUCAUAGUAGAACAGUGCAAAGACGAGCGAUCUCUUCAAAAAUCAUCAUAAUGGAAUGACAAAAUACAUCUGUAUAGGCACAGCUUAUUUUUUUGCAAAUAAUAGUAACUUUUGGAGAAAUUCACAAAAUAGCAAAUUAUAUCAAAUUCUUUAAUGGUGUCCUCCAGUGUUGUCAUGUCAGCUUCCUGCCGGCCGGUUCAACCAGGUACAACCAGUACCAAUCACCAAAUCGGCCGGCAAGGGGCCAAUAUGUAGCAUAUGUAAAAUCUGGUCAGAUCUAGGAAUUCCGGCUGGUUAGACCAGAAACAGUAAUUCAGUGAAAUGAAAUUACACAUUAUAUCCAAAAAUAAACACCUUUUAUAUGGUUAGAUUUUUCAUACAACCAUUCCAAAUUCAAGUUAUGUUGUAUAUUUCUUCAAUAAUGGCUAUUAUUAUCACAAAGUCGAAAGUUAUUGCCAUGUUGGUGUAUUUUGCAUAUUGCAAUCCCAAAAGAAAAAGCUAUGCGAAACUCUAUGUAAAACGGAUUGGCCAGUAGAAGAAGAUGUUACAAUAAGAUAAUAACCUUUUUGUCUAUUUAUUUGGUAAGAUAAUAAUUUUUUUAUUAGUACCCAUACAACACAUGAACUAUGAACAAAAUGUCACUACUCACUAGUGUGCUAUUCUUUUCAAUAUUUCAUUUCUGUCCUGAAUUAUAUAUUUCCUGUUAAUGUUGACCGACAUUGACGGUUAAUAUUUAACUAAAAGUUUAGUAAGUGUUGAUGCGACAUCUGAUAUGAUAUUUAGAUUUAAUUUUUAUUUAACAAAAUAAUAAUUAAGAAACAAAUAAUCUAUCUAAAAUCUUCUCAUUCCUUCUCCCCCGUUCUUCGCCGGCAUCUACGUGUGCCACAUCACCAUUGGUUAAUGUCGCCAACGACGGAUUAGGAAUUUUACAUAGGGGUGUCAUCUUUCAAAAAAUAAAGUAUAAUUAAUAAUUAAUAAUUAAUAAAAAUUAUAUUAUUCUUAAAUUAGAAAAUUACCCAACUCCUACAAGGUAAAAAAAAUCAAUGAUGUAUUUUCAUAUUAAAAAAAAGUUAUAAAAUAAACUUGGUGUCUACACUGCUCAACAAAUUUGUCUCGGUAUAUCCUACUAAACAAUCAUUCACGAAGUCAUGCACAUUUUACUUCCAAAUUUGUUCAUGAUGUAACUCAAAGCUAAAAAAACACUUUCAACACUUGUCGUACAACCAUAAAAUCAAUACAAAUUAAUGAUAGCUUGUAAUUAGAUGAAUUGUUAGGUUUUGAAAAUAAUUAAAGAUAGAGAACAGGGUUUUGCUAUUACACAGUGUUUAGAAUAUAACAACAAAAAAUUUGUAGCCUAAUGAAAAUUAUAUUUAUUAGUAAUAGUAGUGUCCGGGACUUGAAUUGCCCAAACUACCACUUAUAUUCCCAUACGCAAAUUACAAACGAGAGUAGUAUAAUCGUUCUUUCAAAUUUCAAGGUGUCCCGAACUAUUUUUGGUUGUUGUUUAUACGUAAAUUACCACCGUGGGUUGGAUAAUCGAUCUUCCAAAAUUUAGGGGUGUACUGGAACACCCCUAAAUGUCCCUGGGUCCACCCCUGAAUGUCACUAAGAGAACAUGUCUGGUCAUUCGUAAUCUAUAACGAUCAACAAAAGCGUGAGUACGUAAAUGACACAAAACUAACAUAUGAUAUGACAUAAAUGAAAUAUUGAAAAGAAUAGAACGCAAGUGACAUUUUAUAAUAGUUCGAAUGUUGUAGUAGUAUUAGCCCUUCAAAUUUCUAAGGUAGAUAAUUUUCAUCGAAAACAUCAAUAUUUGUACGAAAUUCGUAGCUACAUUUGAACGGUUGAACCUUGACACGAACAAAAGUGUUGCCUUAUUCUUAGAGCACACUUCUCUAAUCAAAAGGGUUCUAGCUUAGCUUCUAUUAGAUUCUUUCCAAAUCCCACAAGCCUUUCUCUCCACCAGGCUAUUACACGUUGGCUCUACAUAAUCCUACGUGUACCAAACAUGCCACAUCCUUAAUUUUUGUUGUUGCCUUGUCCCAAAAGCCAUAACCAAUUUCGUUUGGAGCCUCCCUCAUAACUGCCAACUGUCACCUUCAACUCUCUCUCUCUCUCUCCACCGACUUCCUUCCAAACACCGCCAUUUCCCUCUCCUCUCCCCUUAUAUAAAUCUCAUCACUUCAUCAAUUCAGAAAGAGAAAAAAAAAAAACACUCUGAAUCCAGAGAAGCACCGCGUCAAAUUCUGCAGCCAACAUCACUCAUGUUCGCCUUUCAUCAGAAAAGCAAAAAUGGCGAAGCUUUCAUGGUCCAAGUUGCGAUCUUUCCUCCUUCCCCGAGGGGUUUCGAAGAGUGAGGGUUCAUCCAGUAGCUUGGGGAGCAAGCUAAACGUGAGCGAGGAGUACAAGGAAGCAUUCCGCACGGAGUCUUAUGUAGAAAUGUGGACGGAACUCCAAACCAAGCUAAUCGACCGCCGCCACUCGUCCUCGUCAUCUUCCUCUUCCACAUCAUCCUCAUCGUCCACCGUACCUCCGGGAUACCUGCUCCGGCCCCAGCCGGAGAAGGAAACCAUCACCCAGUUAGUAGAGAGGUUCGAUUGCCACAGGCUUCUGAUCGACUACUUCGAGUCGAGCUCAGAAGCCUGCGAUCUCUGCGAGUUGCUCCUCCUGUCGGUGCAAAGAACUCGCUUGCAUUAUGCCAAUAUCACGAGGGUGAUCAAGACGAGCCAGGGGGUAGAAGGUUUUACCUGCAAGGUCUCUGCAGGGAUGUACAGAGACCUUGCUUCGUACGCAAGGCACGCGAACCCUUUGAGUCUCGUCAAACCGGUCCAGUUCCAGGAGGUUCAUGCUGGGAACACGUUGCUCCUGCGAGAGCUAACUCGAAAGAAGAGGAGUAUUCGGAGGAGGGCCAAGGCGAAUCGGAUCUUGGGGAAGGUUGGUGGAUGUGGGCUAGUGGUCCUCCACAUGACACUAGUGGUUUCCAUGCUUGUGAUUGCCUUACAUAGCUUUGUGGGGAUUGUGGCGGCACCAGCUAUUGUAGGUUGUUCAUCCUCUUGCUUGUUGGCCAAGAAAGGAAAGAGGAGAGCAUCGUUGGUUAUUCAUGGGCGGCUCAAUGUGAGCCUGAUGGAGAGAGUGUGCAGGCAGUUGGAUCUAGCAGCAAAGGGGACGUUCAUCCUCAUCAACGAUUUCGACACAAUGAGCAGGCUAGCAACGAGCCUGAACAACGAGGCGGAGCACAGGAAAGUGCUCUCCGCGAUGUGUGUGAGGAACAACAAGAACAAGGAGCUGUUGAGGCUGGUGGUAAUGGAGCUCUGCGACCACGAUGCUUGCUACCUUGAACAGCUAGAAGAGCUCGAGGAACAUGUGUAUUUGUGCUUUCAUACGAUUAAUCGGUCGAGGAGGUUAGUAAUGCAAGAGAUGAUGAUUGGGGAGAAAGAGUUGGGGUUUGAGGGCAAAGAGGAAAAGGUGAAGGAUUAUGAUGGUGAUAGUAAGAUUGAUUAGCUCAAUAGAGUUCCAGAUGGGCAAUUGAAAGCCGCCAUUGAAUUUGUUUCUAGGUAAUAUGCAAUCAAUUCUUAACUAGUUUGAGAUUCUUUCAUGAUUUCAAUGUACAAAUAUAAAAUGCAGCCAAGAUGAUGAUACCCUAUUGUUUAUGCUGUUUAAAUAUAGAGAUUCUCCUCAGUUUCCAAAAGGAACUGACAAGUCAAUUUCAGUACUAGGUAAUAAUCUUAACUUAGCUGAUCAUACUCAGAAAGGCAGUUUUUUUAAACCAGACCAGACCAUACCUCAUUUCAUUUCAAUUUCUCAAGAAAUCCGCAAAACUCAAUCCCUAACAUAAAUUUCAAUUUGCUACAGGCUAACACAACAGCGAUGUGGUGAGCUUCCUUCUUGCUACUUGGAAGCCACUUGACCCCGAAAAGCAAGUGGCGAAACAGCAUUUGAGUCUGCACAUUUUCCAGGGUCCAAACCCUGUAGAACAAACCUGAGCUGCAAUAACAGCAGCAAGCUGAACCCAAAUGCGAGUGGUUUGACUUUGAUAUUUCAUCGAAUCUGGAGAGAUUCCAUCAAUCAGUUCAGCACCCUUUUUCUCUCAGCUUUGCAUACUCUUCGCGACUCAACAAUGAAGCCUAGACCUUUAA